GUCUCGUCGGAGAGCUUCAGUCGCUCUUGACUCUCCGACCAUCGAGACAUCGGUGAGACAGGCAAAACAAAAAGACACCCUGUGUGUGCCAGAGGAAUUAUCGGUUUAUCGUAACAAGUGAAAACACCAUGAAAUUGUUGGAGUGUUUGGUACCGGUGGUAGUGCUGCUGUUAAUUAAGGACUCCAGCGCGAGACCUGGUAUACUACGUGAUAUAGCUACCGGCGGUAUCGGUUUGCUGGACCCUUUGGGUCUCUUGAAACCUAAGGGAGACGCGGAUAGCUAUGCUGCUAGUAACGCUCAAUCUCUAGCCGGAGGUUUGCAAAUAGGACCUAUCGGUUUCGGCGGUGGCAUAUCCUCGUCGUCGGCCUCGUCGUCGGCGUCGGCGAACGCCGGCGGCGGCGGUUCAGCCUCGGCCUCUGCGAAGGCGGAUGCUCAAGCUCAGGGAUACGGCGGAUACGGUGGAUACGGCGGCGCCAACGCGAACGCGCAAGCCUCCGCAAACGCUAACGCGCAAGGUUCUACAUAUCCUGGCGGCUAUCAUCAUGGUAAAGGCUUAUACGAUGGUUAUGGGCCAGGUUAUGGGAGUUACGGAGGUUCUCAGUCCAGUGCAAACGCCAACGCCAAUGCUAAUGCGCAAGCUACCGGCAAUGGCAACAUCGGAGUCAUUCCCAUUGGUCCCUCUUAUUACCCUCACUCGGUACCCAUCCGACCCAAGCACAGUGGCAACGCUAACGCUAACGCUAACGCCCAAGCGAACGCAAACGCGAACGGUGGCGCGAACACUAUUCCUAUCCGUUAUCCAGGCGCAUCCUACCCCGGAGGAGGUCAAAUAGAAGUCAUCCCCAUCACGAUUGAACAACACAGACCAGUACCACCCAUGUACCAUCCUACCCCUCAACGACCUCACUACCAACCGAUUCCCCAAGCUCCUCCUCAAGGUGACGUAAUAGUUGUUGUCGAAGAAAUACCCGCGCAAAGCCCUCAACGACCGCAACGUCGCCGACCGCAUUACCAUCACGGUAAACCGCGGCAAGAGCCCGUCGGAAUCAUCGUCAUCGAGGAGCCGACAUUUCAAGGUGGCAUUCACGGAAACUAUCCCGCGCAACAAGGAUCUUAUGGCCAUGGCGGUCGCGGCAAUCCGUUCUUACCGGGUGGCGCAGGCUCAAACGCGAAUGCCAACGCUAACGCCAACGCCAACGCUAACGCCAACACCAACGCUAAUGCCCAAGGAGGCGCAGGAGGAUAUCCCCACGGUGGCAAUUAUCCGGUGAACCCAACUGGCCCAAUCGGUGGAAACAAUCCUUUCCUGAACGGCGGCGGGCCUUCUGGCGGUAACGCUAAUGCUGGAGCCAACGCUAAUGCUAAUGCUAACGCCGGAGCCGGCGGGCAAGGACCGAUAGGCGCACACAAUCCGUUCUUGCAGGGCGGUGGGUCCCACGGUAACGUGGGAGCACCAGAGGUCAACAUUCAUAAUUUGGGCGAGAACCAUAAAGGUAUUCCUACGACCUACCCGGGACAAUUUCCGGGUUCUUCGGGAUCCAACGCAAACGCUAACGCUGGCGCUGGCGCCGGUGUUGGAGGAUACGGCGUACCAGUGAAAGAAAGCCCUGUACAUGGAGGAUACGGGGACGGAGGAGUCACGGUUCUCGGUGGCGGUUAUGAGGGUUCUUCCGGAGGAGGAGUUGCCGGCCCAAACUACGGGGGUAGUUCGUCCGGCGCGAACGCUAACGCUAACGCGGGUGCGGCCGCCGGAAGCCACGGAGGUCAUGGAGGACUCGGCGGAGGCUCGAACGUCGGUCAUGGUAUCGGAGGACCCGGUUUCGGCGGAGGUUCGACCGGCAACAUUCACAAUUUAGGCGAGCAACCUAAAGGUAUUCCCACGACCUAUCCUGGACAAUACCCGGGUUCUUUUGGAGGUUCUGCGGGAUCCAACGCCAACGCUAACGCUAACGCGGGAGCCGGCGGUCACGGAGGAUCCGGUGUUGGCCACGGGGGAUUAGGCGGCAGCGAUUCUUUCGUCCACGGAGGUUCUCCUAACGUGAAUUUUGGUGGCCACGGUGGCGCGAACGCCAAUGCCAAUGCCGACGCUCUCGCGAACGCCAACGCUGGCGGUUCCGGCGGAGUUCUUGGUGGAUACAUUAAAGAAUCAGGCCCAGGGCUGGGACACGGUGGCCAAGACGGAUACGGACCAAUCGGAGGCUCAGACGCCAGCGCCCAAGCGUCCUCGAACGCGAUCGCGUCAGGGGGUGGUGGCGGCUUAUCCAAAGCCAUCUCCGACGCCUCGUCUAGCGCGCACUCCAACGGUGGCUCGGCGUCGGCAAGCAGCUCCAGCAAAGCAUCCGCCUCCAACCACGGAUCGGGAUCGGGAUCGGGAUCAGCGAACGCGAAUGCGAACGCAAACGCACAGGCCUCGGGAUUUGGAUCCAAGAGCUCGGCAUCGAGCCACGCGUCAGCUAACGUCGACACCAGGGACAUGCUGAUCUUCAGCUAAUCAAUAACUAUUGUGAUACCGAAGCCCAGCGACGAGCUUCUCCAAGGGGAUUCUCCGCGGGCUGCCACGAGCGACAUAAUACUCCGUUUUUUGUCUUUCGGUGUUCUACGGGAGCGAGCACGAUCGUCAGCACGCGGGUGUUGUUCGUCCAACAUACUAUCUUGCGACUUGGGCCAUUCCCAACGGAGAUCAUCAGGUUGCUUGGAAGUGCGUGGCAGAGCGCGCUCCGGCGAGACGUUCGAAUUUAUAAUCGCGAGUUUAUAGACGCGAACGCGCUCGUGAGCAUCCGAGAAUAAUUUAUGAACAAUUGGAACUCCUCCUGGAGAAGAACUCGAAGCGAAAGUGAUUGUCGGGUCUCGAGAAUAGGAGAGCAAACGCUCGCUCGUGUUCAUACCGCGAUUCACGCCAGGCUGAGCUUAGCAUUUCACAACUUUCCGUGCUCGACUAGAUAUUUCAGACGAACGCUUUUCAUUGGAUGUAAGUGGGAAAUAUAAUGCACUGACCAAAUCUUGUCUGAUUGAACGGCUCAAUCGGUCGAUGGCUGAUGACACUUCUGCCACCGACCGGGGAACACUCUUAUGCUCAUCCGUUUUAUGACGAUCGGUAUGAUUUUAAUGUUAAUACGCGAAUUUGUACGUUUUUUCCUCGAAGCAACGUAUUGCGGCAUUUAGAGUGUACUUUUAGGACACCCUAACUUAAUACUCUCUUUCUCUCUGCCUCUGUAUAUGUAUAUGUAUUUAUAAGAGCGUACUGUUAGAUUAUAUUACUGCGUGAUUUCGAUGCGACGUCGAAGCUAUCGCCUCUCUAGAUCGAACUCUGGAUCUGUGAUUAGCGCGAAACGCGUCAAUGUUAGCGUACAUACAUAAUAACGAUAAUAAAAGCCAUGCAAAUUAUACGGUACGUGCUAAUCGAAAUCGAGCCCCGGCCUAGAAAACUAUUGCGAAUUGCCUAUUCGUUUGUUGAUUUUGCGCUUUCGUUUCGUGUAAGGUGUGAAGACUAAAAUGGCCGAUGGAGUCGUUUUGACUUCUUUAAGGUCUUCUUGUUGUCGCCACUUUGUCGUGUUUCAGGAAAACAAUCUCUCACGACUUAUUAUAUAGUUAUUUUUAAGAAAGAACACGCUAAAAGCAUGACGGAAGAGAUCGACGAUAUUAUGAUGAAUUGUUUUAUAGUUAAAUUCUUAGAUACCCAAGAGUCAUUUUGACUCUUUAUUCAAUUUUUUCAAUGUUGUAAAGAUAGUAUACAAACUAUUAUUUGAGAUUUCAAUAUCUUAAUUUCAACUAAAUUUAUGAUUUAUUCUGUGUUCACUCUAUCAUAUUGCUUACAACAAUAUCAAAUGUCUAUAUUUCAUAAAUUAUACUUUUGACAUGUUUACAAGUCAUUAUCAACACGAAUAAUGAGUAGAGCGAAUUUUAAAAUAUUAAAAUGGCAAUAAACCAAAGUGCAUCUCUUCUUUGCAUACAAAGGCGAAUGUUCGUUUCCGGGCAUUCUAGCGUUAAGACAAAAGAGUAUUUCGCGUCAAUCGCUGCUUCAGAUCUCGAGGAAUAAAUGUGCGAUCUCUCUGUGCCACUCGUAAGAAUAAUUCGCGAGAAACAAGAGAAGCCGAGUGUUCUUGCAUCUUCGUAUUUUUCUCACGAAAUUCGAGGAUGAUUAGCGUAUCUUCUCUUUCCCACUCUCUCUUAUUCUUGCCACAUCAGGCGUCUCUCUUGUGUGUCGAAAACAACAGGGAUAAAAACUCGCCGGACUUGUUUCACGAGAGCACAAACGAGAAAACGGAAGAGAGAAUCACGAAGAGAGACGCAAAGAGAAAAAUGGAGAAGAGAGAUACGCGCCGCUGUAGCGACGAUAAGACGACUGAUAGAUCGAUCGAUCGUCUGUGCGAUCCCGAGAAUUCUUCUUGCGAAUCUCGCGAUUAAUGCGUAAUUACCGAUAAUCGUUUUUUGCGCCGCGCGUGUCAUUUGUUUAGCUGUUUCGCGGAAUUAUUGCCGAUUAUCACGCGUUAUCGCGCAAAAAUACGCGUAAAUAUAUGGAAAUAUGUAGAAAUAUGAACUCUGCGCAUUUCCCGCGUGUUUUCGCCUUUUCUUAUGUAAUAUAUUAUUGCGCGACGUAUGCGUGUAUGCGAAUACACACACAUGUAUAUGAAUUCAAUACAAUUUGUGAUUUUCUUUCGAUAGAUUCGCAUCAUAGCGUUCUAAUGAGCUGCCUGUCUUCGUCUGAUUUCUCUCGCAUUUUAACCUCACAGAGAGCGAUCAACAUUAUGGAUCCUAAGAAAGUUGAUGUAAUUUAUGGAUAAGAUGCGCUGUGUGAUCCCGACAAAUCAAUUUAUACUUAUAAAUAAACAAUUUAAGUUACGAA